AUGGUUACUAUAAUCAGCACCAUGGAAACCCAGGUGUCCAACGGUCCAAGCGGAACCAGUCUGCCAAACGGUCCAGUCAUCAGCACCAACGGCUCCACGGACGACAGCAAAACCAACCUGAUCGUCAACUAUCUGCCUCAGAACAUGACCCAGGAAGAGUUCAAAAGUUUGUUUGGUAGCAUUGGAGAGAUUGAGUCCUGCAAGCUAGUUAGAGACAAGAUAACAGGCCAGAGUUUGGGAUAUGGAUUUGUAAACUACGUGGAUCCAAAUGAUGCAGACAAGGCCAUCAACACACUCAAUGGUCUAAAACUACAAACUAAAACAAUCAAGGUAUCAUAUGCCCGGCCAAGUUCGGCUUCUAUUCGUGAUGCCAACCUUUAUGUGAGUGGACUCCCCAAGACCAUGAGCCAGAAAGACAUGGAACAGCUGUUCUCCCAAUACGGUCGUAUCAUCACAUCCCGCAUCCUAGUGGACCAAGUUACAGCAGGCAUAUCACGAGGAGUGGGCUUCAUCCGGUUUGACAAGCGAAAUGAAGCAGAGGAGGCCAUCAAAGGUCUGAAUGGACAAAAGCCUUUGGGUGCUGCUGAGCCCAUCACUGUCAAGUUUGCCAACAACCCCAGCCAGAAGACAGGCCAGGCCUUACUGACUCAGCUGUAUCAGACUGCUGCCCGCCGCUACACGGGACCCCUGCACCACCAGACUCAGCGUUUCAGACUCGACAAUUUACUAAACGCCAGCUACGGAGUCAAGAGCUCUCCUACUCUCUUCCCCAGAUUCUCACCCAUCACCAUUGACAGCAUGACCAGCCUGGCCGGGGUCAACCUUACUGGUCCAACUGGAGCCGGCUGGUGCAUCUUUGUGUACAACCUGUCCCCCGAGGCGGACGAGAGCGUCCUGUGGCAGCUCUUUGGGCCUUUCGGCGCUGUCACCAAUGUCAAGGUCAUCCGUGACUUCACCACCAACAAAUGUAAGGGCUUUGGCUUUGUCACCAUGACCAACUACGAUGAAGCCGCUAUGGCCAUUGCUAGUCUUAAUGGCUACCGCCUGGGUGACCGCGUGCUGCAGGUUUCCUUCAAGACCAGCAAGCAACACAAGGCCUGA